AUGGCGGCUGCCAGCACUACCACUGCUGACUCCCCCGAGGAACGAGACCGCCGUCUCCGGCAGCUGGCAGACGACGCAAGAAAAGGUAAAAGAACCACCAAGGGGGGGAAGCAGAGGCUGCAGAAGGAUCAUCGGGGUUCGGACCCUCUCCCUGAACCCAGGAUAACUCUUAAAGUGAAGGGGACCCCUGUUGACUUCCUUGUCGACACCAGAGCACAACAUUCGGUCCUCCGCACCCCACAAGGAAAACUAGCCAGCAAGAAGUCCUGGGUACAAGGGACAACUGGUAUGAGCCAGUAUUCAUGGACUACCCGAAGAACAGUAGAUUUGGGAAAGGGCCGGGUAUCCCACUCCUUUAUGGUAAUACCAGAAUGCCCCUACCCGCUGUUAGGAUGGGACUUACUGACCAAGAUUGGAGCUCAGAUAACUUUCAGACAAGGGGGGCCUCAGGUUACCGAUGGCAAGGGCCACCCCAUCCAGGUACUGACCAUGAAACUGGAGGAUGAAUACCGCCUCCACCAGGAGGCGCUCCCGAGAGAGGAUAAUAUAGACAGAUGGCUACAAGAAUUCCCCUCGGUUUGGGCAGAGACGGGGGGAAUGGGACUAGCCGCUCACAGGACCCCAGUCCUGGUAGAGCUCAAGCCAGGAGAGAGUCCGGUAAGGAUCAAACAAUACCCCAUGUCUCAGGAGGCCCGGAAGGGGAUCCAGCCACACAUCCGGAGACUACGAAGCCUAGGAGUACUAGUUCCUUGCCAGUCUGCCUGGAACACCCCCCUACUGCCGGUCAAAAAGCCUCACACAAAUGACUAUCGACCGGUACAAGACCUCCGGGAAGUAAAUAAGAGGGUUGCGGACAUACACCCAACUGUUCCCAACCCAUAUACUCUCUUGAGCUCCUUGGCACCCUCCAGGUUCUGGUAUACUGUACUAGAUUUAAAGGAUGCCUUCUUCAGUCUGCCGCUGGUACCCCGGAGCCAACCCUUGUUCGCCUUUGAGUGGCAUGAUCCGGAGGAGGGCUACAGUGGGCAACUCACCUGGACACGGCUACCUCAGGGAUUCAAAAAUUCACCCACCAUCUUCGACGAGGCACUACACGAGGACCUGGAUGAGUACAGAAGGGAGCACCCUGGCCUCACCCUUCUACAGUAUGUAGAUGACAUCCUGAUUGCUGCCGACACAGCCAAAGACUGUGAGCAAGGGACCCAGGACCUGCUGGCUAUCCUGGGGGCCUUAGGGUACCGGGCAUCCGCGAAGAAGGCUCAGAUAUGCAGGGAGAGGGUAAGUUACCUGGGAUAUAUCUUGGAGGGCGGACAGCGGAGAUGGAUGAGCAACACACGUGUGACUCAUUACCAGAGCAUCCUACUCAACCCUCCACGAGUGCAGUUCCACCCCGGUGCAGCCCUCAAUCCUGCAACCCUGCUGCCCGACCCUGACCUAGGUGUUCCAUUACAUGACUGUGCGGGAAUCCUGGAACAAGUACAUGGAUUCCGGAUGGACCUGACCGACCGGCCCCUCCCCGAUGCCGAGGCUGCUUGGUUCACUGAUGGCAGCAGCUUUGUGCGAGAUGGACACAGGUAUGUGGGUGCAGCGGUGGUCACCGAAACGGACACCGUAUGGGCGGAGGCUCUACCCUCCGGAACGUCAGCCCAGCGAGCAGAGCUCAUAGCCCUCACCAAGGCGCUGAUGCUGGGAGCUGGAAAACGGGUUAACAUCUACACAGACAGCCGUUAUGCGUUUGCCACAGCUCAUAUUCAUGGGGCAAUUUAUCAGGAGAGGGGGUUACUGAUGGCGGAAGGAUGGACUAUAAAAAAUAAGCAGGAGAUACUUAACCUGCUUACGGCCUUAUGGCUUCCUGCCAAGCUAGCCAUUAUCCACUGCCAAGAGCACCAAAAAGCUGAUAACCCAGUAGCUAGAGGGCUCCAGAGGGCGCACGAGGACAUUUGGCUGCGCCUCCGAGCCAUCUACGAGGCUGGCCCGACCCCGACACCUCAUCAGUACAGGCCGGGAGACUGGGUCUGCGUCAAGAGACACCACCGAGAGACCCUCGAGCCGCGCUGGAAGGGACCCUACAUCGUGGUGCUGACAACCCCCACCGCUCUCAAAGUAGACGGCAUCGCGACCUGGGUCCAUCACACCCACGUUCGGCCAGCGGACCCCUCCUCGAUCCGGAAGGACUUCGUCACGCGAUGGGCCAUCAGUUGGGACCAACACAACCCGCUCAAGCUCAAGCUACAGCGCAUUCAACUCACCUAA